GACCGCGCGCGCAGGUCCGCUCGGCGCUUCCGGUCGCGCGCGAAGUCUCGCGAGACUUCGAUUUUUCUCCUCAGGCGCUGCUGGCGCUGCAGACCCUCCCUCCCGGCCCCAGCAUGGGCGACGACACCAGCCCCCUGAGCGUGAUUCUGGUGAGCUCGGGCAGCAGGGGCAAUAAGCUGCUCUUCAGGUACCCCUUUCAGAGGAGCCGAGAGCACCCCGCGGCCCAGACAAGUAAGCCUCGCAGCAGAUAUGCUGUGAACAGUACUGGCGACCAUGCUGAUGACCAGGAUGGAGACUCCAGCGAGCCAUGUCCUCCAACCGAUGAGCAAUUGGUUGCAGGGUUUUCUGAUGUCAUUCUGGCAACAAUUUUGGCAACCAAAUCUGAAAUGUGUGGCCAAAAAUUUGAAUUGAAGAUUGAUAACGUGCGGUUUGUUGGGCAUCCGACAUUACUGCAGCAUGCUUUGGGGCAGGUCUCCAAAACAGACCCAUCUCCCAAAAGAGAAGCUCCCACCAUGAUCCUUUUCAACGUUGUAUUUGCACUGAGGGCUAAUGCGGACCCAUCGGUGAUAAACUGUUUGCACAACCUUUCCCGGCGUAUCGCCACCGUGCUACAGCAUGAGGAACGCCGCUGCCAGUACCUCACACGGGAGGCCAAGCUCAUCCUAGCACUACAGGAUGAGGUGUCUGCCGUGGCUGAUGCAAAUGAUGGUCCUCAGUCCCCAUUCCAUCACAUUCUGCCCAAAUGCAAGCUGGCCAGGGACCUUAAGGAAGCUUAUGACAGCCUCUGUACUUCUGGCGUGGUCCAGCUUCACAUCAACAGCUGGCUGGAGGUGAGCUUCUGCCUGCCCCACAAGAUCCACUAUGCUGCUGCCAGCCUUAUUCCCCCCGAGGCCAUUGAGCGGAGCUUGAAGGCUAUUCGCCCAUACCAUGCCUUGUUGCUGCUCAGUGAUGAGAAGUCACUGCUGAGUGAGCUUCCACUUGACUGCUCCCCAGCCCUGGUGCGUGUAAUCAAGACGACAUCUGCUGUGAAGAACUUGCAGCAACUGGCCCAGGAUGCAGACCUGGCCUUGCUGCAGGUUUUCCAGCUUGCAGCUCACCUGGUAUACUGGGGCAAAGCCAUCAUCAUCUACCCCCUGUGUGAGAACAAUGUCUACAUGCUUUCUCCCAAUGCUAGCGUGUGUCUGUACUCCCCACUGGCUGAGCAGUUCUCCCGUCAGUUUCCAUCGCAUGACCUGCCAUCUGUCCUUGCCAAGUUCUCUCUGCCUGUGUCCUUGUCAGAAUUUAGGAACCCCUUGGCACCCCCUGUGCAGGAGACUCAGCUCAUCCAGAUGGUGGUGUGGAUGCUACAGCACAGGCUCCUGGUCCAACUGCACACCUACGUGUGCCUCAUGGCUUCACCCAGUGAGGAUGAGCCACACCCUCGAGAAGAUGACGUCCCGUUCACUGCCAGAGUCGGCGGCCGCAGCCUCAGUACCCCCAAUGCCCUCAGCUUUGGCUCCCCAACCAGCAGUGAUGAUAUGACACUCACCAGCCCCAGCAUGGACAACUCCAGUGCAGAGCUACUCCCCAGCGGGGACUCACCACUCAACAAGAGGAUGACAGAGACCCUGCUGGCCAGUCUUUCGGAACAUGAACGGGCAGCCAUCCUCAGUGUGCCUGCAGCUCAGAACCCAGAGGACCUCCGUAUGUUUGCCAGGCUCCUGCACUACUUCCGGGGCCGCCACCACCUGGAGGAGAUCAUGUACAACGAGAACACACGGCGCUCUCAGUUGCUUAUGCUCUUUGACAAGUUCCGAAGCGUGUUGGUGGUGACCACCCAUGAGGACCCUGUUAUUGCCGUCUUCCAAGCUCUGCUGACUUGAGCUGGGCACUAGAGCCUGGAGGCUCCUGCAGCGAGUGGGAGCUCGGGCUUCAGUCCCUUCUCCCUACAGCGUUCCGCCAGUCUGAGGCCUGAUCAAGGGGGCAGCACUAGCUGUGGGGCUGUGUUCUCACUCAGUCUUCAAAGCAGACUUGGUG